AUUUGGGCUAUGCUUCUAGCGAAGUUGAUUGGUGCCCAGAACCAGAACAACACGAAGUGCCACGUCCUGCCUGGCGAUGCCGACUGGCCAAGUACUGAGGCAUGGUCGACAUUGAACGAAACCGUCAAUGGCAAGCUGGUCAAAACUGUCCCCAUUGGCUCGCCAUGCCACGAUCCCACCUACGACGCUAGCGCCUGCGAUGCUCUGAAGGCAGCGUGGACCAACCCUCUGACACACACUCCCUCUUCUCAUUCAAUUAUGCAGGCGUACUUCGCCACUCAGGCAUGCGACCCCUUCUCUAACCGCAGCAUUCCUUGCACGCUUGGCAACUACGUCUCCUACUCAGUCAAGGCCACCGAGGCUUGGGAUGUCGUCGCUGCUCUUGAGUUUGCUAAGGCCGAGAACGUGCGUGUCCUGGCUCGCAAUACCGGUCACGACUUCUUGGGCAGGUCUACUGGUGCUGGAGCGCUUGCUGUCUGGACACAAGGCUUAAAGAACAUCACCUUCGGUCAAUGGUCUGACAAGUACUACACAGGGUCCUCAGCCACUGUUGGUGCUGGUGUUAUUGGUUACGAACUCGUUGAGGCUGCAAACAAACAAGGCCUUACAGUCAUGUCCGGAGAAUGUGCUACUGUCGGUCUCGCUGGCGGUUUCACCCAAGGUGGUGGUCACUCGAUCCUGAGCACCCAAUUUGGUCUCGCUGCUGAUCAGACUCUUUCCUUCGAGGUCGUCACAGCAGAAGGCGAGGUCCUUACUGCCUCGCCGACUGAGAACUCGGAUUUGUACUGGGCUCUGUCCGGCGGUGGCGGUGGCACUUACGGCAUUGUCACCUCUAUUACCGUCAAGGCACACGAGUCGAAGACAGUCGGUGGUGCUGCUAUGCAACUUCUUGCCUCCUCCACUAACGCCACAAACUACGCUGCCAUCACAGCCAAGUUCGUUGAGCUCCUCCCUGCGAUGAUCGACGCCGGCGCCAUGGUUGUCUUCCUUAUCAGCACCCAGUACCUUGUCAUCAAGCCCCUCACCAUCUGGGACUCGAACGCAGCUAAAGCUAAGGAAGUUCUCAAGCCAUUUUCCGACUACCUCGUCUCGCUUGGCAUCACUCCCCCUAUUGUGUACAGCGAGCUCGCAUACCGUGACCACUACGACCGCUACCUCGGCCCUCUGCCCCAGGGCAGCUUCGAGGUCAACCGUUACCAAUUCGGCGGUCGUCUGAUCCCCCGCUCAGUCGUCGAGAACAACACCGCAGAGCUGAAUAAGGUCCUCGCCGAGCUCGCAAAUGAGGGUGUCCUUCUCGCCGGCAGCUCAGCCGACUACUCUAAGCGCGCAAACACACCUGACAAUGCCGUCCUGCCAGCGUGGCGCGACACCAUCACCCAGCUCCAGCUCAUCACCAACUGGAACAGUACCGCCCCCUGGACCGACAUGGAGGCCGCACAAAAAAAGAUGACUGAAGUGCUCAUGCCCAAGAUCGAAGCUGUCACUCCUGGAAGUGGAUCGUACAUGAACGAGGCCGACUUCCAGCAGAAGAACUGGCAGACCACCUUCUACGGCGGCAACUACGAGAAGCUUAAGCAAAUCAAGAACAAGUACGACCCUAACCACAUUUUCUACAACCUUAAGAGCGUUGGUAGUGAGACGUGGACUGUGGACAAGGAUGGCAGGAUGUGCCGC